AUGCUUGGCUUCCCGGCCUCAAACAACGAGGCAGAAUACAAGGCAUUGCUCGCUGGCUUAUGCUUGGCAAAGGAACUCACAAUUAAGAAGCUAGCCAUCUACUCAGAUUCCCAAUUGUUCACGAAUCAAGCCUCAUGUGAAUACAUGGCGAAGCACCUAAGAAUGAUCUUGUACCUUGACAAACUCCAAGAGCUAUUGAAGGUGUUUCCUACCUUCACCAUCCAACAAGUACCCCAGGCAGAGAAUGCACAUGCAGACGGACUGGUCAGUCUAGGGUCAGUGCUGGAUACCCAAUUCAGAUGCUCCAUCCCGAUCGAACACCUUGACCAACCAAGCAUUAAAGAAAUAAAGUCGAUCAACACAAUGUAG